CUCCGUGUUUCCAACUGCAUAGUUUUCCUAGGCCCAUGGACAUCACGAUUUGCCCCUUCUGCCAUCUGAGAGUGCUUUCGGUCGAACUACAACGACACGCGAACAGUCACUUCGACGAUGAAGACAGCUUUAAUGGCAUCGAGUUGGGACGAGACAUCGCUCUCGCUCCUUCCGUUCCCCAGGUUAGACAUGCAAGUGUAUGUAACAUUGGUGAUUGGGAAUGCCCUGAGAGCAGUUCUUCAGGAUCUCGUGUGGUCUGUGUGGAUGCUCAAGAUUCAAAAGAGAGAGACGUGGGUGAGCAAAUAAAGUGUUUAGUUAAUCUACAGAUCAAGGCAUCUUUCUACAUUUUAGAAGAAGGCUUGAUGAACUUGUUGAGAAACCGUUUGGAACUAGAACCCGAAAACUGGGUUAGCCUGUUGUGUGGGUAUGUGGAUCAUUUUGAGAGCAUCACAUCAGAAGAUGUCGGAUGGGGAUGUGGAUGGCGAAAUAUUCAGAUGAUUAGCUCUCAUUUGCUCAAUCAAAGGCAAGAAGCAAGGAACACUCUCUUUGGUGGUUUGGGUUUCGUGCCUGAUAUCCCUUCACUCCAAAGAUGGCUUGAAAUUGCAUGGGAACAAGGCUUUGAUGAAACUGGUUCAAAAGACUUUGAUAAAAAAAUCUAUGGAAAGAGAAUUUGGAUUGGAACUACUGAAUGUGCCACCCUCUUCCGGUCUUUUGGUCUUCGAGCACGAAUAGUCGACUUCUGUAGUAAGACAAUUGGGCCAAAGGUUUAUGGACCUAUGGACAAAUAUGUCUCCAUGUGGAAAACAAAUGUUCACCAGGAGGUAUCCUUUACCCACGACACAAAUGUUAAGGGUCAGGAAGCUCUCAUUGAUUGGGUGUGGAAUUACUUUUCUGACCCUAAGUGUUCAACAUCUGAAAACAGACAUGUAAUUGUCAGUCAAAAAUCGCCGCUGUACUUCCAACAUCAUGGUCACUCAAGAACAAUUGUUGGGAUUCAAAAGAAAUGUCAGAGGAAUGGCUCAAAGCAAUACAAUCUUUUGAUCUUAGACCCCGGCCAUAGAACCAAAGCUCUUGAAAAAUCUCUUAGAGACGAUGAUGGAUGGCAAAGGCUAAUAAAAAGAGGUGUCCACACACUGAAGAAGCCAUUGUAUCAGUUGUGCUUUAUCGAUCCUGGAGUUGCUUGUGGGGAAGAGAUGGAAGGACUGAAAAUUUUACAGAGCAUUCGUCAAGAAUUCUAGCCAGGCUCCUAAUAAAAUAUAUUAUUUUAUUCAUCAGUAUAAAAUAUUAGUUAUUUAAGGAGGUUAUAUCGGUAUAUGCAUCAGAAUUUCAAGGAACCAUCACUGGUAAGAGAUUUAAAACACCUUAUAUAUGCAUUUAAGACUUCUUUGGUUCGGAUAUUUGGGAUGAAGGGGGAGGGGUGAGUGAUUUUUUUUACUAAUCAUGUAUAAUUUGUUAGUUUUAGACUUAGAGUAGAAGUAACUAUAUCACUACAUGAUUAGUUUGAUAUUUGAUUGGUUAUAUCAUGCAUUUAUUUCCAACCUAAAUUCCAAAAUAAUUUUAAAGUUACUAUCACCCCCCUCCCAGCUCCCCCAUCUGAAAUCCUCGAACCUAACAAACCCUUGAUGACCUGUUUAUUAAUUGUUAUGCAUUCAAACUUAACCCCUCUCGAGUUCACAUCUCAGGUUACAUUAUAAGGGCCGAGUGACUUCUCAGUUCCAGAUCUUUACCUAAGGUUAUGACAACUGCUCCGUGGGAAUAGAGGUUCUGUUUUGCAUCACUUUGUAAAUGUGAACCACCAAAGCUGUUCUUUUAAAGGAAAUUUCUUAUUACUUGCUCCACUUUUUUGUCAAAUAUAAAUGAACUAGGAAGACAUAAAUACCAUAAUUAUCUCUAUUUUUCACCUUAUGUUUU